CCUAGAUAAAAGGAUGACUGAUAGGAAGUCUGUCAACAUGGAAAAAGCAGGAUUUCAAAUCGCCCUCAACGACCUGUUAGAAAAAGAUAUAAAGGUGGUAGAGGUGGUUACUGAUGCACACCUGGGAAUUGGUUCAGUAAUGAAGAAAGAUUACCCAAAUAUACACCAUUCCCAUGAUAUAUGGCAUGUGGCAAAGAAUUUGGGGAAGAAGAUUUUGAAGGUGGCUCAGAAGAAGGGGAAUAAUAUAUUAUUGGAUUGGUGUAAAGACAUCAUUAACCACUUUUGGUUUUCAUGUCGUCGUGCAGAGUCGUAUGAGGAAUUCAUGGGCAUAUGGCGAAGUGUAUUGCACCACAUUACAGACACACAUGAGUGGAUUCUAUCUCAUGGGGGUGUUAACCACUGUCUUCAUGGAGAAUUAGGUGAAGAGGAAAGGACAAAACCAUGGUUGUCACCGACGAAGCAUGCCCAUGUAUUAAAAGACCUAGCAGCUGUGGUGUUAAACAAAAGACUUUUGAACAAUGUUGGAUACUAUUUGAGAUUCAGAAGUACAGCUGAACUGGAAGGAUUCCAUCAGCACAUUCUGAUGUACUGUUCAAAACGACACGCCUAUACCCCACCAGUCUAUCGUGCCAGAAACAGACUUGCAGCACUGGAUCACAAUAUGAACUCAGACCGUCCAGUGCAGAAAAACAAAGAUGGAAAAAUAAGGUACCAUCGUGUAUUUAAUAAAAAAAAAAGUGGGAGAUGGACAGUGCAUGCCAUGAGGGAAAGGAAAAAAUAUGAGUAUAUGUCAUCUCUAUUGUGCGAUGCUGUAAAAUUGAGGAUUAAUGACAGAGUGGGCAUGAAAAAAACUGUGUUGGCACCAGAUGAUCCCAGAUUAAUUGCAAAACAUCUGGCACCCGUAGAAACACCUCCAACUGAAGAACUUGUGUUGCAGCAGAAAUCACGAUUUUGAACUGCCACGGAAAUUAAAUGUGAAUUUUAUAUUGUAAAGAAAUGUGAAAUUAUACUUAGUAUAGUACAUGUAUUGCAGCAAUAUCUAAUUGAAAUUAUAUCAUGUAAAAUCUA